AUGGCUCCGAAAGCCAUCAGCUUCAACACCCAUGGUUCUCCUGAGGUCAUCUUGAGUGACCGAGAUCAUGAACGCUGGAACACGAUCACUGAAACCCCACGUGAUGUGGUGGAAGUUUUCGAACCACAUCAGAACGCCUUCGAGGACCACCUUCCAGGACGGACCGAGCAUGAUGUGGAGGUGUUUGACCAGGGCCCUGAGAUCAUCUCUCUGUCUCAGCUGGCUCUCUCCGCCACCCAACAGGGACCUGACAUCAUCUCUCGGUCUCAGCUGGCUCUCUCCGCCAUCCAACUGGGCCCUGAGAUCAUCUCUCUGUCUCAGCUGGCUCUCUCCGCCACCCAACAGGGCCCUGAGAUCAUCUCUCUGCCUCAGCUGGCUCUCUCCGCCACCCAACAGGGCCCUGAGAUCAUCUCUCUGUCUCAGUUGGCUCUCUCCACCACCCAACAGGGCCCUGAGAUCAUCUCUCUGUCUCAGCUGGCUCUCUCCGCCACCCAACAGGGCCCUGAGAUCAUCUCUCUGUCUCAGCUGGCUCUCUCCGCCACCCAACAGGGCCCUGAGAUCAUCUCUCUGUCUCAGCUGGCUCUCUCCGCCACCCAACUGGGCCACCAUAACGAGGAGGCCUACAUGCAGCUUCAUCAACACAACGACACAGGUCGUGGUUUUGCUAACACCGCUAACACCGCUGACCCUUCUAACACCGCUAACACCGCUGACCCUUCUAACACCGCUGACACUGCCAACACCGCUGACCCUUCUAACACCGCUGACCCUUCUAACACCGCUGACCCUUCUAACACCGCUGACCCUUCUAACACCGCUGACCCUUCUAACACCGCUGACACUGCCAACACCGCUGACCCUUCUAACACCGCUGACCCUUCUAACACCGCUGACCCUUCUAACACCGCUGACCCUUCUAACACCGCUGACCCUUCUAACACCGCUGACACUGCUAACACCGCUGACCCUUCUAACACCGCUGACCCUUCUAACACUGCUGACACCGCUGACCCUUCUAACACCGCUAACACCGCUGACCCUUCUAACACCGCUGACACCGCUAACACCGCUGACACCGCUGACCCUUCUAACACCGCUGACCCUUCUAACACCGCUGACCCUUCUAACACCGCUGACCCUUCUAACACCACUGACCCUUCUAACACCGCUGACCCUUCUAACACCGCUGACCCUUCUAACACCGCUGAACCUUCUAACACCGCUGACACCGCUAACCCUUCUAACACCGCUGACACUUCUAACACCGCUGACCCUUCUAACACCGCUGACCCUUCUAACACCGCUGACACCGCUGACCCUUCUAACACUGCUGACACUGCUAACACUGCUAACACCGCUGACCCUUCUAACACCGCUGAUCCUUCUAACACCGCUGACACCGCUGACCCUUCUAACUCCGCUAACACCGCUGACCCUUCUAACACCGCUGACCCUUCUAACACCGCUGACCCUUCUAACACCGCUGACCCUUCUAACACCGCUGACCCUUCUAACACCGCUAACCCUUCUAACACCGCUGACCCUUCUAACACCGCUGACACCGCUGACCCUUCUAACACCGCUGACACCGCUGACCCUUCUAACACCGCUAACACUGCUAACACCGCUGACCCUUCUAACACCGCUGACCCUUCUAACACCGCUGACCCUUCUAACACCGCUAACCCUUCUAACACCGCUGACCCUUCUAACACCGCUGACCCUUCUAACACCGCUGACCCUUCUAACACCGCUGACCCUUCUAACACGGCUGACACCGCUGACCCUUCUAACACCGCUGACACCGCUGACCCUUCUAACACCGCUAACACCGCUGACCCUUCUAACACCGCUGACCCUUCUAACACCGCUAACACCGCUGACCCUUCUAACACCGCUGACACUGCCAACACCGCUGACCCUUCAAACACCGCUGACCCUUCUAACACCGCUGACCCUUCUAACACCGCUGACCCUUCUAACACCGCUGACCCUUCUAACACCGCUGACCCUUCUAACACCGCUAACACCGCUGACCCUUCUAACACCGCUGACACUGCCAACACCGCUGACCCUUCUAACACCGCUGACCCUUCUAACACCGCUGACCCUUCUAACACCGCUGACCCUUCUAACACCGCUAACACCGCUGACCCUUCUAACACUGCUGACCCUUCUAACACCGCUGACCCUUCUAACACUGCUGACACCGCUGACCCUUCUAACACCGCUGACACCGCUGACCCUUCUAACACCGCUGACACCGCUGACCCUUCUAACACCGCUGACCCUUCUAACACUGCUGACCCUUCUAACACCGCUAACCCUUCUAACACCGCUGACCCUUCUAACACCGCUGACCCUUCUAACACCGCUGACACUGCUUAA